GAGGUUGAGAAUGAAUCAUCUGUAAAAAAAAAAAAAUUAAUAAUAGUAAAUAAAUAAAUUUACUAUAACACAUCAGCUUAAGUUUUUGGGUUGAUUGACAAUUUUAAGUUUAUAUUAUAUAACCCUUUUUAAGAGAGAAACCACUUGGUUUCAACAUGCUUUGGUAUUUUUUAUGAUGAAUAAUCUUCCUUCCAUCACUUCAUUUGGGUUUUUUUUCCUUCUCUCUUUCUUUCUCUAAAUUUAUUCUCGACCUAAACUUCUGUCGCUUAUUUAGAAAAUAACUUUAUUCUUUUAAAAGUGACAAUAUUAUCUAUACAUUUUAUAAAAAGUUUCAAAACUACAUUAAUGGUCGAAAUCUGUCAAAAUCUUAGAUGAUAAUAGGAACUUAAAAUGAAUGUGGUAAUGUUUGAGUCCCAAUACUUGUUUUAGAUCUCAAUUUUAGUCUAGCAUUUUAAUUAUAACUAUUUCUACUUCAAAGAUAGAUUUGAAACAUUUAUGAAAAAAAAAGAUAAUUUUACAACUUUGGAAAGAAUCCAAGUAUUUUGAAAACAAAUACCUUUUGUAAUUUAACACAUGAUAUACAAUCCUUUUCAAAGAGAAAAAAGACAAAGAAGAAAGCAUAAGAAAGAAAAGAAAAGCAUUCCAACAUGCUUUGGUAUUUGUAUCAUUUGCUUUCUAUUCUAUUCUUUUUCACCUUAUCCAUUCAAUCUCUUGAUAUAGCAUGUCACAGUCUUGGGCUUAGGGACCAAACAAACUUUUUUGUUCUUGUGGGACAUUAAAGGUUGUAUUUUACUUAUCUAAAACAGGAUAUUCCCAAAUCCAAGUCCUUUCUCUGUUGCACUUUUAUUUUAAACCUCUAGAUCAUUCAUAUUCCUUAUCUUCCUUAACCACCAAAAGAGCAUUGGAGAAUAUUUUUCCCUUUUAAACUUGAACUGCCACUCUUCACAAAACAAAACAUCAUGCCACAAUAUUCUUACAUUCCAAAAUUAUCAUUUUUUUUUGGACAGAAUAAUCCUCAGUGUAUACAUAUAAAGGAGUCUCUCUUUUGAUGGGUCUGUAAAAAUUAUUAUUUUUCUUCUUCUUCUUCUUCUUCUUGAAGUUCUAAUGGCAGGGACUGAUUACCAAGCCAAUCAAGACAAGAAUGAUUUUCUGCAGAUUUUGGCAGCUCAAGGAGUUGAGUUCCUUCUCUCUGGUGAAGAAAAGGUAUCCCCAAAAUUAUGUGCAGGGAAGAUGAUUUGCCUAUUAUUUUCAGCAAACUGGUGUAGACCUUGCAGGACUUUCACUCCACAAUUGGUUCAACUCUACAACACUUUGCAAAAAAGAGGUGAAAAGCUAGAGAUUAUCUUCAUCUCCUUGGAUCAUGAUGAGAAUGAAUUUGAACAACACUUCAAGAUUAUGCCAUGGCUCGCUGUGCCAUUUGAUGACGAGCUGCAGAAACAAUUAUGCGGCGAGUACCAUGUCGAUUGCAUUCCGUCGCUCGUUCCGCUUUGCAGAGAUCGGAUGUCGAAAGAAGAUGACUUGAUUGGCUUCAUUGAAGACUAUGGUGCUGAAGUAUUUCCAUAUAGUAGGAAGAGGAUGCAGGAACUUAAGGCAAUGGAUUGUGCCAAACGUGUUGAAGGAAAACUUGAAGAACUCUUGGGGAACAGAGGAUAUAACUAUGUUAUUUCUAGACAUGGAGGCAAGACACAAAUAUCUGAGCUGAUUGGGAAGACAAUAGGCCUUUAUUUUGGUGCAUAUUGGAGCCCUCCAAGUCGUUCCUUCACAUCAAAACUUUCUAAAGUAUACAAAGAAAUUAUGGACAAAACACAAAGUCACUCCUUAGAAGUAAUCUUCGUCUCCACUGACCGAAACCUGGACGAAUUCAAACUGAACAUAACGGACAUGCCAUGGCUGGCAAUCCCCUACGAGGACGAGACCCGGCAAGAUCUCUACAGGAUCUUCGACGUCAAGGCAAUCCCAACUCUAGUCCUGAUCGGGGCGGAUGGAAAGACGUCAAGUGAGAACGGAAGAGGCUUGGUUUCAUUGUAUGGAGCAGAAGCAUUCCCAUUUACAGAAGAAAGAAUAGAUGAGUUGGAAGCAGCAGUGAAAAAGGAAGCAGAGGAAUUGCCUUCAAAUGUGGAGGAUAUAAAGCAUGAACAUGUGCUUAAAUUGGAGUUGGCAAAAGCUUAUGUUUGUGAUUUUUGCAAAAGGCAUGGAAGGUUUUGGGCAUUUUCUUGUCAUGUUUGUGAUUAUGAUCUUCAUCCAACUUGUGUUCACCUGACAAAUGUAUAAAAGUAGUCAUCAAGUUGGGGACAGAAAUCAAGCUAAACUAUACAUAAUAGAAUGUUUCAUGUUUUUUUUUUAACAUUCAUGGACUAAUGGUUGAAUCAA